GACGCAAUAAAGAACGAAGACGAGUAUGACACUGAGUCAGGCAAGAUUGGUGAUCGCAGCAUUUACCUGGAUCACUGGAAGUGCAUGAUCCGUCCUUGAAGUUGGCCUACCUCACGUUAGAACUUCACGUGGACUCAUGUGUUCCUUCGUCAUCUUUCCAGAAGCAUGAGAAAUCGUCCUUCGGACGAUAAAAAUUAAAGAGAGACAUUCAAGCACCUCCGUCAGUACAUGAUUGAGAAUAAGUAGCGUUCUGAGGCUCACUGAAGGGUAUCGAACUAUGGCAACGAAAGCAAAGCCCUGGUCCCUUCAAAGACUAUUUCUCGCGUUUUGCUUAUUCCAGGCAUUUUUAGAUCAUCAGGAGGCCUGGGCGCAAAUUGCUAUUGCCGAAGAAGGACCACUGCCCUUACCCUUGCUCCAGGACGUGCUGUACAGAGAGCCAGCUGAGCGCAUCCAGCUGUUGGGCAAGAUCAGCGAUGCAGAAGGCAGCCUCUAUCGCAGGUUCUUCAGUCCUGCCCACAUCCGCGCAGCCUCCCAAAUCCGUCGCUGGAUGAAGGAUGCUGGGAUGCGCACCUGGCAGGAUGGCGUGGGCAACGUGCACGGCCGCAUAGAUGGGCGUGCGCGCGACGCCCCUGCCCUGAUCUCCGGCUCCCACUACGACACGGUCAUGGACGCUGGAAAGUACGACGGCGCUCUGGGCAUUAUCGUGGCCAUUGCCUCUGUCAAAGCCACCAUCCUGCAGGCUGCGUUGGCGACGCGAAUCAUGACGCCUGAGGAGGUGAGGGCGGCGGUACGCGAGUCGGCGGAUUUGGGGCAGUGGCUGGGAGCCAAGGCGCACAACCUGUUUGCCACGCCCAUGGAAAUCAUCGCCUUCAGCGACGAGGAGGGCGUCAGGUUCCAGACGACGUUUCUGGGCAGCCGGGCGGUGACGGGGCAGCUGGUGCCCUUGGGCAUGCUGGACAACGAGGACCAAAACGGCGAGUCUCUGGCGGAUGUGCUCUACAAGCACGGCUUCCAGGGCUCCGAGGAAGCCCUGGCGCGCACGGCCUACAGCCCCGAGCAAGUCCGAGGGUAUGUGGAGGUUCACAUGGAGCAGGGGCCGGUGCUGCAGGCACGCGGCUAUGCGCUCGGCCCCGUGGCGGCCAUCGCUGGCCAGACGCGCCUGGCCGCUUCUGUCAUUGGCACGCAGGGACAUGCCGGCACAGUGCCGAUGAAGCUUAGGCAGGAUGCGGCAGCCGCUGCAGCAGAGACGGUUGUGUGGAUUGAGCAGCACUGCGGGGGCGGUGCAGGGGGAGAUGAGAAGACCGCAGAUGCAGCAGAAGCCGUAACAGAUGACAGCCUGGUGUGCACCACCGGCUCAAUGGUCCUCUGGCCAGGGGCCAGCAAUGUCAUUGCUGGCGCUGCAAACUUCAGCGUCGACAUCAGGUGCCGGUCUGACGAGGUGCGUAAAGCCACUACCAAGCAAGUCAUCGCCCAACUGGAGACCAUCUGCCAGAGGCGCAAUGUCAACUGCAGCGUAGAGAUAAAGCACGAAGCUCCUGCGGCCGCCUGCCACCCGGACAUUAUUGCUGGCCUCAUUGAUGCCUGCCGCGAAUCAGAGCAGCUGACGGCGGACAUUCUGGAGAGAGAUGAGCAGUGCCAGGCGGAGUGUGACAGUGAGCUGAGCAAGGUGUCCAACUCCACGCCCCAGGACGUGGCUGGAGAGCUGCUGGACCACGCCAACUGCGGCGGCACCGGCAAGAGCAGCCGCUGGGAGCCGGGCAAGGCGCCUGUCCUGGUCAGCGGUGCCGGCCAUGACGCCCUGCCCAUGGCCGAAAUCACCAAGAUGGGGCUGCUGUUCGUGCGUGACCGCCGAGGCAUCAGUCACUCACCUCUGGAGUACGUUGCGGACGAGGACAUUGCGGCUGCCGCGGUGGCCUUGUAUGUAUACCUGCAGAAGGAGCUUCUGUAGGACACUCAGCACAUGGUGCAAAAUGCAUCCCUCGUGCAGAAACCACGUUCCUGUUGCUCGUCUGUAUCACAGUAUACGCAAUUAGCUGUUUGCUGAGUGGGCGUCCGAUGACAGCCGGUGCGCAAGAUUCUUGUGCCAGCACGGCAGAGGAUCUGAACAACGCAACUCAUAUCCAAUGAUACUUCAUCUGCUGAGAACUUGCUGUCAAUUGCUGUCAAUCUGCAGGGUUUUGCAAGCCAAGUGCAGCAUGAAAUUGAAGUGUGAAAAGCGUGCGUUUGCUGCUAGGACUUGAACGGCUUGUGCCCUACAUCUGCCCUUGAGGGUUGUACUAUGAUGCUCUGAUCAGAGCUGUUGAACUUGAUCACCCUGUGCCUGACGACAGUAACAGCACUGCUAUCACUAUGAUUCACAUGCAAGUACUUUUGAGAUGAGAUUUAGUGCGCUGAAGCAAUCACAGCAUGAUGCUAUUGUAAGUGUUGCCUUGUACGCAUAUCCAUGCCAGUGUACAUUGUGCGAUUUGUGGCAUGCCAUUGCGGUUUGUGUGCGGAGGGCAUGGAUUGACUGAGUGGAAUCUGUCAGUAAUCAUGCAAUGAUCAGUGAUGGUAUAACAUUGAAUGGGUGCAGUAUGAUCCUUGGAUUGCGAACCGAUCACCAAAGUAUUUGUAAGAUGACUGAUAUCUUG